UCAAUGUGUGUUGGUGACAUAUUAGGAAUGUGUCUUGGUCCAAUAGCAACGUGCACCAAAUAUCUAUGCGGUGCUCUAGGACUGGGAUUGGUAUUUACAGCAGGGGCAGUUGGAAUAGAUUUGACAGCAGAUUGGCCAAUAAUCUUAAUAAUACUUGCAUCUAUAUUAGCAUUAAUAUGGUGUAUAAUGGCAUAUUUUGGAGGAUUAUAAGAGAGAGAGGAUGAACCAUAACAUUUAGCAAAAUAAUUUGAAUUGAUAUGUGAAACCUAAGAAAUAGUGAGACAAUAUGAAGUAUUCGAUUAAAUAAUAAUAGGUAAGGCAUAACUACGCUAGUGAGUUGGCUGAUGGAUGCAUUCAGAUAUCAAAUACAAUAAUCGGAAUGUUCUUUACAUAAUUGAUAUACGCUCUAAUCUUAUUGAUCUUGUUUCUGUUGGCAACUGUAUCAAUAUGUAAAUAUUUAUGUAGAUCUGGUUCAUUCCAGUUGGAACUAAGGCAGGAUUCAUAGUAGGUUUAUUUUUUGGAUUUGUAUCAAUAACAAUAAUUGCAUGGACAGCAUACACAUUUGCUGGUCGAUCUAUAUGUAAAGUGAUAACAACUGCAAUUUAAAAUAAAUGGGAGUUAUACGAUUUCAUGUACACUGUAGGAUUUGGUGUGGUUCUGAUGUGCAUAGCAUCCAUCUAUUUCAUUUUCUUAAUUUUAUUCUUUUUGUUUAGAAGUUUGUAAGGAUUAAGUAAUGAUAACAAACCGCAAGAUAAAUUGCAAUUGAUGGGUGUUUGCUGUUGUGGCUAUGCUUUGGGAAUAAUAGUUUGUGCAUUUGUAUAUAGAGAAUCAACAAGUAUUUUGGGUAGAAGUAUAUUUAAUGCAAUCGAUGGUUUGGUGAAAUGCGAUAGGAACCUAAGUUUCAAUAACCCUUACAUUUCAUCACCCACUAAAUUAUUAUAUAUGAUUUCCAACAUAAUCAGUACUUAAGUAGUUAAUUUGUUGGACACAGCUAUAUGUAUAGCAGUAUUGACAGUUGGAGGAUUUGUAAUCUUCUCAAAUUCCGAAGAAGUAGCGAAAGAAAAUAUUACUUGGAAAUCAUUGUUAGCUCCAACAUUGUACUUUUGUGUAAACGUUUUCUGUGCAGUGAUAGUAUAGACAUUGAAGAGCAUGAUUUGGGAUAAUGAAGUAGUGAGAUUCACUAAACUGAACAUCAGACAAUAAGUGCUGAUUACUCAUUUAAUGACAUUAUUAAUCUUCUUUUUCAUGCCAAUGGUUACAAUCUUAAAGUAGUUUUCUUUAAAAGGAGUUGAAGCACCUGAAACAUUAGCUAAGGAAGACAUUACAAUUAGAAAGAUCACUUAUUGUUGUAUUUUGGGUCAAUUAAGCAACUUAGUAUUACUAUCAAUAGGAGAAUGGAUGACAUCGCAUGGUUGCCAACCAGUUAGAAAUUUGGUAUCAUUAUUUAAUUUAUUAAGAGGCAUUAUCAUCAUCUGAUAGAAUAUUAACUCAAUCUUUCAAUUAUGCCACAUUUCUUAGUGCUUCUGGCUAAAUAAUCAUUGUAUUAACCUUAGGAAUAAUAGCAACAGCUGCACAUGCAUUAGCUGGAUACGCUGGAAUCUUAGCAGCUGCUGCCGGAUUCUUAAUCAAUGUUUUGAUAAUAGUUCCACUUUACUAUAUUGGAUCCAUCUCCUAAGAUGGUGCUAAACUAUGUGUUGCAUCUCAUGUUACACAAGUUGUAUCUGAGAGAUUUACCAAAAUGGCUUGGGCAGCUAGAAAUUAUAUGAUCUACUUAAAAGUCACCAAUGCUGGCUCAGCCAUUUUAUUAGCAUUAACCUUCCUUGGAGGAGCACUUUAUCUAUUUAAAGUCGACAAUAAUCCAUUGAUAGAUUUUAAUGGUAUUUUUGGAAUUCUCUUUGGAAUUGGAUUGGCAUUCCUUAUCAAAGGUAUGACUGUUGGUUCUGUGAUAUCAAUAUCUAGAAUAUUUGAUCUUAAUAUCUAUGAGAGUGGCAUCGCUGCAGAGAUAGCAAAGAGAAAUACUAUUACCUUAAAUAGAUAUUUUGAUAGUAAGCAUUUACUGGCAAUCAUUUGGGUGUACAUCAUAACAAUUACUGACACAUUAUUAUUAUUUAUUUUUGCAUAUUUCUUUGGCAAAAGAGGAACUCCAGGAUUUCUUUUAGGACACACAAUAAUUAUACUAUUUCUGAUGUGUUAUUCUAUUAUUAAUGGAACUGCAAUGAAAUAAAGCCGUUAUUAUAAUGAAGGUAUAGUAUCAAUUACUAAUUUCAAGUUGAUGAUAAAUUAUCAAAAAGAGGAAAAAUUUAUCAAUCCUGUGUUUAAGGAGAUAUGUUAGCUACUGUUGUUGAAGAAAGCACUGCAAUUCCUCUUAUUGUUUACUUAUUAUAUAACACCAUUCUUGUUACGUGUGCUUAUCCAUUCUUUGGAGGCGAAGGGUAUAUAUUUGAUUAUAUUAUUUAGAGAUUUGUUUGUCAAAAAAGAAACAGAAACUAAGUUUUUCUGA